GAUGGUCUUGAACGCGGCAGCUCCUGAACACGGCAGCCAUGGCAACAUAUGGCAGGAACCAGCUGACUGCAACUUUUCUCAGCAACUUUGAGGGCGUUUGUUUGCCAGAUACGGUGAGUUACAGCUGCCACUGAGCGGGUCAGUGCGACUACCUGAGGUAAGGGCCCGAGAGGUGGCGACUGGCGAGACACGAUCGAGGAAAACAACGCGCUUCCGCGUUGGUGAAGUUGAAGACUUUAGCCGGCGGGCUAACUAAGCUGCUAGUCGGGCGCAGAGUCAGCCAAAGCAUCGUGGCUGCCGGAAGCCGCGUUCCAGCACCGUCUGGUCCGGUUAGCGCGACCGCCGCGUGCCCUCGCGACGACCAAUGUCCGCGGGACCAGCGCCUCCUCCGGCCGACGACGACGGCGACGGCCUGCUCCGCGGGAGCCGCGCCAGGUCCUACGGCAGCCUGGUGCGGUCCCCGCUGUCUCCGGUUCGCCAGAGACGCGUCGAACACCAACUCGAGGCCGGAGAGACUCUGCCGGGCCUGGCGCUGAGGUACGGGGUGUCUAUGGAGCAAAUCAAAAGAGCCAACAGGCUGUACACCAACGACUCCAUAUUCCUGAAGAAGUCUUUGUCCAUCCCCGUGCUGUCGGACAUGGAUGGCUGCGCCAACGGGGGGGAUGUGACCGGAGAGGACUGCGGAGGAGACAAUGCCGGCUGUGCUCCUGCUCACAACAGGAGCACCAGGAGCGCUUCCGCGAACGAGCUCGGCGACGUCAGACAGCGGGCGGCAGACCUCACGCCGGUGGAUUUCUUGAAAAGGCUGGAUGAGUUGAUAAACCAGUCCAAGCAGGCCGCGGUCAGAGGAUGCCAGGACGCUGAGAAAAGGGUCGCUGCCCUGGAAGCAGCUUGCACCAGGGGCGCGUCAGGCUGGCGGCCUCUUCCCAGGUCCUCUACAGGGCAGCAGCAGCGGGAGGCCGCUCACAGGGCCGUGCCCCUCACCAUCACCAAACUCACCAUGAAUGUGAGGGACAGGGAAGAUGACAUCUUCGAGCUGUGAUGCAUUUCUUUGAUCGUCAAAGAAAACCAUAGUCACUGGAUUUAGCUCCCGGGACAAUACAUCACAGAUGAAAGGAUAGAUUCCUCAUGAUCCCCGCUGCUGUGUGGACUUCAGAGCUUAAAAUUCCAUUUCAUACUGGGGUAUAAUAUAGAAUCACACUGUCUAUUAACAUGUCUUUGUAAGUGAAUAUUGCUUCACUGUAGCCCUAUUUAUUUGUUGAUAUAUAGGUCAUGAAAAUCUUCAUAUGGCCCAUAGCUGUGUUUUGGGUUUUCUAUAUAUAUUUGUUUUUUUUAUUUUUUUAAACAGUGCUUGUUCUCACACGCAGAAAAUAAAAGCAUGAAAUGUUAAAAA